UUUACAAAAUCUUUGCAACCCUCCUUUGUGAAGGAAUCUUUUAAUGGAUAAUUGAAGCAUAAUAACAAAUAAAUUGUACUAAUCUCUCAUUAAAACCUUCUUAAGAAACCUUAAUCUCAGUUUUAGAAAUCUAGAAAAUUAAACAGAUAAAAUUCUCUCACUACAACAAUAUAUAUACAUACAUUUGUCCCCUUCCAUCCUGCCAAACUCUCCAUUCAACCUACAUCUCAUAAAACCAACAAUGUCCAAACCACUCAACCUUCACUUGAUUCUAUUCCUAUUCUCUUAUUUGUUCCUACAUGUAUCAUUUGCAACAGAUGAACACAAACAAAACCCAUUUACACCAAAAGCCUCAUUAAUCCGUUAUUGGAACACCCACAUUUCCAACAACCUUCCACAACCAACCUUCCUAAUCUCCAAAGCAUCACCCCUCAACGCCGUCGACACCGCCUUUUUUACAAAACUCGCCUCCGAAAACACCCUCAACACCCGCCUCUCCACCUUCUGCUCCGCCGCCAACUUAUUCUGCGACUUUGACACGUCAUUGCAAACCCACCGCCGUCCCCUAACACCUCCGCACAAAGAUGACGCAAACUUUGCCUCCUACAACAAUAAACAGUUCACCACUUAUGGUGGGUCCCGCGUUGGCGGAGCUGAUACGUUCAAGAACUACUCGGAUAACAUCAACAUGCCCGUGAACUCGUUCACUCGUUACAGCCCUAACACGGCGGGUCACGGUGAACGGUUCACGAGCUACUCGGAUAAUGGCAAUGUUGCUAAUGAUAGUUUUAGCAGUUACGGAGCAGGUGCGACGGGUGGAUUAGGUGAGUUUAAGAGCUAUGAGUCAAACGUGAAUGUUCCUAAUCUCAAAUUUAGUAGUUACAGUUCUAACGGUAAUAAUCAUAAGCAAUCAUUUAGUUCCUAUACUGAGAAUACAAAUUCAGGUACCGAGGUUUUUACCUCUUAUGGUAAAAAUGGGAAUGGGGUCCCUACCGAGUUUAACAACUACGGUAAGUCCUCGAAUAUUGUCGGGUCAACUUUUGCCAGCUAUGGGCAGUUGGCCAAUGCGGCCAAUGAUUCGUUUAAGGGUUACUCGUCUAGCGCGAAUAACCCUCAUAGUACUUUUAAGAAUUACGGGGCUAAGGUAAGUUCCGGGGUUGAGAGGUUUGAAAAUUAUAGGGAUGAGGCGAAUGUUGGGGAUGACACAUUUCAAAAUUACUUAAGGGAUUCCACGUCUACCAAAGCGAGUUUUGUUAAUUAUGGGAAGUCUUUUAAUCAAGGGCUUGAUAAGUUUAAGGGGUAUGGUAAAGGUGCGGUUAAUCGUCAAAUUGAGUUCAAAACUUACGGUGUUAAUAAUUCUUUUAGUGGGUAUGCUGAUAAGAAGGGUGUUAGUUUUACAGGGUAUACCCAAAGUGUACCUCAAGGUGGUAAAUUGGUAAAUAAGUGGGUUGAGGAGGGUAAAUUCUUUAGAGAAUCUUUGUUGAAGCCUGGUACUAUUAUGAAGAUGCCUGAUAUCAAGGAUAAAAUGCCUAAAAGGUCGUUUUUGCCCCGGGUUAUCUCCUCGAAAUUACCAUUUUCGACAUCUAAGUUGGGGGACCUAAGGGGAACCUUCAAGGCCAAGGAGAAUUCUACUCUAGAGCGCAUUAUUGUGAACGCGCUAGGUGAGUGUGAGAGGCCGUCGAGCCCUGGUGAGACCAAACAAUGUGUUGCUUCGGUAGAAGACAUGAUAGAUUUUGUAAUUUCGGUCUUGGGUGACAAUGUGGCGGUCCGGACUACGAAAAAUGUGAACGGAUCGGGUAAGCAGGUCGUGAUCGGGUCAGUAAGAGGGAUAAAUAGGGGUAAGGUGACAAAGUCAGUAUCGUGUCACCAAAGUUUGUUACCUUAUCUACUUUACUAUUGUCACUCUGUCCCUAAAGUAAGAGUGUAUGAGGCAGAUAUAUUGGACAAGAAAAGUAAAGCUAAGAUAAAUCAAGGUGUUGCAAUUUGUCAUCUUGAUACUUCAGCUUGGAGUGCAGGGCAUGGAGCCUUUUUGUCAUUGGGUUCUGGGCCGGGCCUAAUUGAAGUUUGUCAUUGGAUCUUUGAAAAUGAUAUGACAUGGGCAGUCGCGGAUUAAUUUUAAAGACAUACGGAAUUGCAGAGUACAAAACAUGAAAGAUCAAAUUAAUUGUACUUGAUACAUUGCCGAGGUUGUGUUUUUGUUGUAUUUCUAAUAUUUCACAAGAUUUGUACGGAGUAUUACAUUAUAUUUAUGAGAAAAAUUGAUUUGCUA